AUGGUGUUCUGCAAAGGAGAAAAAGGAUCAGUCAUUAAAAUCAAAGAAGCUUUAGCUCAUUUUAGUACAGUUACAGGGCUGGUUGCAAACAUGGAAAAGUCUAAUAUCAUUUUAGCUUGCAUGGAGGAGAAUGUUAAAACUCAACUAAUGUCUUUGACUGGUUUCUCACAGGGUACUCUUCCUAUAAAAUAUCUUGGAUUACCUCUUUCCUCUAAGAAGUGGUCCAAGCUAGAUUGCCAGCUGUUGAUCGAAAAAAUAGUGCAGAAGAUAAGAACUACUUAUGCAAGAAGACUGUCAUUUGCAGGAAGAUUGCAAGUAGUCCUUGCAGUAUUGUUUUCAAGGGCAGAUAUUGAGUUACCUGUUGCAGGGAUCAAACAAGUGUUAGAAGUUGUGAAGAAAAGGCAUUGGAGAAAGUUUGUGAAAGAAAUUGUUGCUGCUCUAAUUAGUGGAAUAGUGUAUUAUGCUUGGCGUGCUAGGAAUUUGAGCUUGUUCGAAAAAAUCAAUAUUAGUCCCAGCGAUGUUGUUGCAAGGAUUAAAGCUGAAGUGGUGGCCAGAAUAGACAUAUUCAAACUAGCUCAAAAAGCUAUUAGGAGUAGAAGUUUUCAUCAAAGAUUAUGUGUAUAG